GUAAUAGGUGGAGUUAUUGUGUGUGUAUGGAUAUUGAUUGGAAAUUUCAGAUACCCCAUCACAAGUUUAUCCCGGAUCAAAUGUUUGUUUCUCCAGCUUACUUUUGCAGACCUUUUCGUUAUGUUUGGAGCCGUGCUUCCACAAUUGAUUUGGGAAUAUCAAAAUCAAAAGGAAUGGCUGGCUGGUAAUUUUCUCUGCAAGUUCGUGAAAUUUGUACAAAGUUUUUCAAUGAUGACCAGUACCAAUAUCUUGGUAGCAAUGGCGUUGGACAGAUAUCACGUGAUUCGAAAACCUUUGAAGAGGCCAUAUUCGGUCUUGAAAAUAAUAGCUGCUGCAUGGCUCAUUGCCGGAGUAACAUCCAUGCCUAUGCUGUUUGUUUUUCAUACAGAGACGAUAAAUAAUGUAACAAAAUGUGAAAACAUUUUUAGAGAUAAACCCAAGUCCCAUCGUCAAGCUUUUUUAACAUACAUAUGUAUGAUUGUGUUCGUAUUUCCUGUAAUUAUUCUGGCUUUUUCCUAUAUCGGUAUAUUUGUCACCAUACUACGGAAGGCGAAGGAGAGAAAACAGAGACAUAACACAGUUGACAAGCUGAAAGAAAAUAAUUUUCUAAGGCAAAACACCUACCCAACAACUUUUCUUAAAGCAAGGACAAAAACUUUGAAAAUGACAUGUGUUAUAGUAACAAUGUACAUAUUUUGUACCCUUCCUUACUUUGUUGCAGAAAUGAUUAUGUCCUACGGUGACCAUUGUUCCAUUUCUAGAGUGUUGUAUGGAAUUUUUGGAGUAUUAGUUGCAGCAAACUCAACGGCAAAUCCAUCUGUGUAUCUUGCUUUCAAUGUGAAAAUCAAACAUGCAAGGAAACAUACAUAUUCAGUGAACCUAGCAAGAUUUGACCAGAAUCAAACUUCAGUUGUCAGUUUUUAGAGAUAUGAUUGUUACAGAUGGCUAAGUGUUUUGUUAUUUAUAUUAAAGGAGCAUGGACACAUGUAGUUUCAGCUUAAAGUUUUAAAGAACUAUAUGCGGUAUAUUGCAUAUA